ACUGAUUCCCCAUCCCAUCCACAUACUCUCUAGCGCAGGAACAAAACGAUCUGGGAUAGAGGACUCAAUUUAUCUGGUGCGCAUCCAGAUUGCACCCAUCUGUGUCUGCCAUAUGCAAACCGUGCGCAACGCGCUCAGCAUUUCAGCCUCUUGUUCCAAGGCUAAUUUAAGAAACCGUGUUGGGGUGAGGUGAAUGUGUAGCAGCAGCACACUACAAAGUCUGACAUAGUUUAGUUACUAAAUACGCAUAUUUCAUCAUUAUACAUUUUUUUAUUCAUAAAUUCAUCAAGACCAUUUGUUUCUAACCGGGAUUUCAAGUUAUGGAUUCAACGGAGGAUAACGGGGAGAGCAAGGCAGCACUCCGUCCAUGCGCGCCCAGGUCUCUUCUCCUGCGCUGUCUGGUCGGUUUCCCUACGGUGGUGUGUUUCAUGUUGUCCCUGAGCUCCAUAGCCAUCUGCCUGCUCAUGAGCUUCAAGACUUACCAACUGGAGAACCGACUGGAUGCGCUGGAGUUGGAGAAAAACACAGUGUUUAACCCUCCGGAGAGCGCCUUCACGCGCGAGGAUGGGACUGUACUACCGGCACUAAGGAGUUCUAUCGAGACGCUCCUGCAAGAGAGACUGAGUGAAGUGAUGCCUAAACUGCGCACGGCAAGGGACGUCCCCCAAGAGUGUUCCUGCCCACCAGGUCCUCCUGGAAAGCGUGGAAGGAUGGGAAGAAGAGGUGAUCCCGGAGCUCCAUGUCAAGGGAACAUGCCUCGUCCCAUCUAG